AUGGUUCGUGGUAACCACAAUGCGCCGGCGCCGGUGCCGGUUGAAGAUUCUUUCAGUCCUUAUUAUCUUCAUCCGAGCGACAAUCCCGGUCUUCAAUUAGUUUCUCAGCUACUUGAUGGCUCCAAUUACAUCAAUUGGAGCCGAUCUAUUUCCACUGCUCUUUUGCCGAAGAAUAAAUUGCUCUUCGUUAAUGGCGUUUUGUUGCGGCCUUCAAAUGAUGAUUUGCUAUUCUCUGCUUGGCUUAGAUGUAAUAGUAUGGUGGUUUCCUGGCUCAGGAACUUUAUAUCUCCUCAUAUCUGCUCAAGCAUCAUGUACUUGGAUGAUGCGCAUGAGAUAUGGCCGGAUCUUCGUGAGAGGUUUUCUCAGUGUGAUUCUGCAAGGACCUAUCAGCUUAAACAACAAUUAAUGGCUCCAUCUCAGGGAAAUUCUGAUGUUAACACUUAUUUUACCAGCCUUCGGACUGUAUGGGAUGAGUAUAAGCACACUCAACCACUCUCUUGGUGUACAUGUAACCAUUACAGGUGUGACAGUGCUUCCCGCUGGCACAAACAGCUGGAGGAUGAUUGCACCGUUCAAUUUUUGAUCGGAUUGAAUCAUUCUUUCUCUCAGAUUCGAUCGAGCAUUUUAUCCAUGGUGUCGUUGCCUUCACUAUCUAAAGUGUUUUCUCUUGUAAUCCAGGAAGAGAGGCAAAGAAACAUUGAUGGUGCUUCCUCUCAUAUCUCCCCAUCCCCUAGCGAGAUGCAUUACUCUGUGAAUGCGGCUUCAUCUUUUUAUGGCCGACUAAAACUUCUAUGCUCUCAUUGUGGCAAGACUAACCAUACUGUUGACAGAUGCUUUACUCUACAUGGUUUUCCCCCAGGUUUUGGCCAUGGAAAGGGCAAGGAACCUCCUAAGGAAUAUGCUUCUUCAAAGUUAGUGAAUUUUGUAGAAGCUUUCAUUCCAGACAGCAGUGAUAAGACUGUACCAGUUGCUUCACUUCCUUCUGUAGAUCAGUGCCAGUAG